CGUCGUCACCGCCGACGGUGACUUCAUCCCGCUUACGUCGCGGUUGCGCGAGCACGGUCGGAUCGUUCAUGUGUGCGGGUCCAUGAGAACUAGCAGAGAGCUCCGCACAAAGGGCUGCGAUCAGUUCUUCCUAUUGAAGCAGCAAGCCACACCAGGCUCUCCUUUAUCCGCCCCCCUAGAACUUGCAAAUAAGAGCACCAAUCCGACAGCAGGUAUGACGCGCCUCCCUGAGAAUGAGCGCCUUAUGGGCACGGCCCAACGUUCUGGAAGCAAGAGUAGUAUUGUUGAGGCUGCGCCGCACGCUAUUGAUUCACUACUGACGCUAAAAAAAGCCAUUCGUUACGUUUUAAUGGGAUUUGAACAUCGUCAUCAGUCUGAGGAGGACGGCUGGGUCAACGCCAAUCGGCUGUAUGAAUACAUGCGGAGGAAGUACACCGAUCUGCAAUCACAGAUGAUGGAGAACACUUUCGGCGUUCACAGGUUUACGGAAGUUCUCACCCAACACUGUAAAAAGCUCGAGGCGGUUUUGCGCGGCAGGGGCGUUUGGUAUGUCCGCGUGAAGCGCGAAGUAAUGGCACCCGCCGCGUCGGAAUCGAAGCACGGGGAUCGAAGCACGAAUAUAAUACUAGGGGGACAGAGCAGUCGCACUCUCUGUGGGAACGAAGAUACAGCCCCGCUUGUGUCAGUAGAGGGCGGAACUAACAAGAGACGUCGGGCAGAUGUCACGACAGGGGAUGAUGAAGAUCAGGCAAGAAGAAGUGGAAGCACCCUGAACAUCGCCGGUAGCAUUAGGAAGAGUGCGCAGGAAUGCGGCGACACGGCAGCAAAACGAAGGCGCAAGGGGGAGGUCGCGGAGGGUGGCCCUGUCUUCAGAGAAACACACUUUGGGAACGUUGCUGACCCGCGGAGCAGUAAGGACCAAGCCAGGGCCGUUGAAGCCUUGGACUCGGCGAAGGAAGAAGCAGCCACGGACUUAAAUGCAUUGCAUAAGUUUUUGGUCCGCCAUGCUCCGGCUUCGUGGACGAGGUGGUGUGCAUACAAGACUACUCUCCUGAAGGAAGGCUAUGGUCCGUUAAUCGAAAAACUUUGCAAGCAGCAUGGGAUUUCUGGAAGGAGGAGCGCCUGGAGAGAUCUCUUUACAAUAUGUAUCGCGGAGCAUGGGACUAAAAUCGAAUUUCAAACCUUAGUUUUUGGCCGUAGUCGUCGGUCGUAUAUUCGCUGUUUGAAGGAGAACUCGCCUCGCGGGCAGGUGAAAGAGCAGCAAGGCGGAAGCUACACAAAAGAGAAUGGAGUAUUGCAACAAGAAGAUCUGCAACGGCAACAAGCUGCAGGUUCCAACGACAUCGUAGCUUCAUCAAGUGCCGCGGACAAUUUCGCACACACUACUUUCCAGGAACUAAGUUGUUUGGGCAUGCUGCUGCGUUCUUCGCUGCUACCACGCAACGGGACUUGGAGACCUUACAUCGGGGUUCAAAACGAGUUGAAAAGGAAAGGCUAUACAAAUUCCAUGAGAAAGUUGUGCAAGGAAUUAGGCUACACUACCGCGACUCCUAGUUCAGAUGAACAGAAGAUGUGGCGGACGGCCAUGGGUGCAACCGCGCAAACCGGAGUAGAAGUGAAGUACACAGCUCCUAGUGGCAUUCCACGCGCAUAUAAGGGCAGUCAGCUGACGCAGAAGCUCUGGUGCGUCCGCAUCGCUAACUCUCACUUAUCACCUUUCGGAGGAGCUGUGACCGCAAACGCAGGCCACCAGAAUCAAAAAGCAACGUCGCAACCGCUAGACUCGCAUGUUGAUGAUCAUCAGCAAACUGAAAAAAGUGGAGGAAUAGUGGAUCUCGCUUCCCUCGGAGAGAUCGUCAGGAACUAUUUUCUGCCUGACGAGGAGAUGCCAAAGCCAUAUGGGGAGGUCGUCAUGCAGAUGAAGCAAGCGGGAUACGAACCGCACAUAGACGCGUUAGUUGAGAGCACACCCAAUGCCCGCUCGUGGCUCUCACUUUUCAAGCGACAAGAGACCGGCUUGGCGAUGGAAAAAGUAGAACGCUUCUCGGAUGAGAAAGACGAGAAUGGAAACCCGAUUCUCGAGGGCGUAGAUUUGUGCUUUAGUCCGUCGGCUUCUUCGCGGACGUCCAUGACUGUCGAUGUCUCGGCGUCGAAGAAGAAUGAAGCUACGUAGGUAAGCACAGGCUAGCUGAGACACGUUGAAGUGAUGUUUCCUUCUAUUUCGAUCCCCGUGGUGGCGACCGCGUUCGUACAUGCCCUCUCCAUCAUAGUCCAUCUUUUGCACUCCAUAUUGGUUUGCUAAUUCCCAGUACAUGAAUGCAUCAAAUUCCUAUCCCUGCCAAAUUUAGCCCCUUUCAUAUGUUGAAAGCCCCGAGUGAUAUCGUUGAUGGGAGUUACCCUUGUCCAGUGAUUAGAUCCAAUUAAAUCCAGUUUUUCACAUCACGCAGACGCAUUAUCCCUAUUUCGAAUAUUGACACUUGGCACGAAGAUGUCGCAACAAAGCUUCGCUGUACGUGCUACAAGCGAACUGGUAGUGUUCAUCCUGUUGAUUCUGUGCUCAAACGAUUCUUGGUUGGGUACAUCAUU